AUGCACGCCCCUAGAAAUUCCUGCCUCAAAAUGAACUCCUGUGCAGGGCUGAUUCUCAUCCUGCUGGGAUUGUUUUUAAAGGCUUCUUCAGAGGAAAUAUCAACAAAUGCCUACUAUCUGGAGCUUCACAUAGAAGCAGCAGCCUAUGAGAAUUUUACAGAGCUGCUUAAAAAACUAAAUUUAAAUGUCUCUCAAGACCAGAAUACUGCAACUGUACAAAACAUUAGCAUAACAACAGAAUGUAACAGUACCUCCUCAGGACAGGUAAAUUGUUCUUGCAAUGAAAACUACACUUGGAGUGAUGAAGUGUGUAAGAACUACACCCAAUGCUGUACAAACGACCAAAACAAUAAACUGUGCACAUUUAAAACUCCAAACCCCAGGGCUAUGUGUCUACAUAAAAAUACAGUUCUAGUCAAUGGAUCAUUUACCGUCCUUGAUGAACCAUAUGUCCGUUACUUUGAUGAUCCUGCAAGUAAACAAUAUCAAGACUUUGUCAAGAACUACACUGAAAAGCUGGAAACCAUUUACAGUCGAUUGACCUGGUUUGACACACUGAAGAUUACAAAACUCAGACAGGGCAGUGUAAUUGGCGAAUUUUGGAUGAUGAUAACUUCUCCAGAAAUAUUUGUUUCAAAAGAUCUGGAGAAUGCAACUUUAACUUUGCAAUAUACCAGCAAUGCAACUUUCGACCUUAAUGUAACAGGAUUUGUAAAAAUGACCAUGAAUCCAGCAUUCCAGAAAACACUUAAGUAUGGUGUUUCUCUCAAUAUAACAUGUACUACACCAGAAAAUUUGGGUAAACCCGAGUGGCUCUUCCAACAAAAUGCAUCAAACCCGAAGCAGAUUACAAGUGGUCUUGAAUCUACAGUGACUAAUAGUGAUUGCAGCAGCACUGUUUAUAUUAAGGCAACUACAGAAGUCUGGAAAGGAACAUAUAAAUGUUCAUACACAAAAUCUAACAUAAGAUAUAUUGCCAGUCAAUAUUUGGACAUAGCACUGUUGCCCAGAAUUUUUAGUACAAGUGACCCCCAAUUUCCAGACUGUACACAGAGCCAAAAAAGGUUUCAAAUAAAAGUUCAAUGUAUAGUUCCUGACGCAGGAGAAGACUACCAAAUUGACUGGAAUGACAAUGGAAAUUCCAUGAAUGGAAAGUCCAUUACAAAGGAGCAACCUGCACUUCUAGGAAAUGGACUGAUUUCUUACCAAGCCUAUAAAAUUAUUUAUUGUGAUGAAAAUAAGGAGAACACUUCAGCUACAUGUACAUUUAAAAAUAGAAACAAUCAGACUGCUAAUGCCACAAUAAACAUUAAUAUCAUAUAUGCAACCACAAAGGUUUGCCCGAAAAACAGUGAAUGGGCAACUGCAAAGGCUGGAUUCACUGCAGAGAAGUUAUGUGAUUUCGGCUCUGUUGGUCUAAAAACAAGAAACUGCUUAUCAAAUGGCCAGUGGGACAAUGUAACCUCUAUGUGUGUAACCCGAGACCUCAGUGACCUUUUGAAUGAUGCUAAGGACCUCCAAAGAGGACUUGGGAUUGUUAAGGAAAAUGCAUACAAUAUAUUUGAUCGUUUGAGGAUAUCAACUGAACAGCAAACUGUAAACUCGUUUGCAAAUGUUAAUGCUUCUGUGGACGUUCUGGCAACCAUAACCAAUGCAUCUAAAAUACAGGACUCUCAAUGGGAUGCGAAAGUGCUCUCUGUUAUUGCGAAAUCUACAAGCAAUCUUUUGAAUGGCAGCCUAAAUGACAGCUGGAAAAGUUAUAACGUGAAUGAAAGUUUGGCUAGUACAUAUCUAAAAGCUAUAGAAGACGUCAUAAAUCAAACAUAUCUACCUACAGGACACACUGACAAUGACCUUAUACAAGAAAAUGUACAAAUAACUAUAUAUAAAGGAUCUGAUGCAAAUUCAACAUCUAUCAACAGUUUCAAGGUCAAUGCCACUUGUCAAAGUAACUCUCCCACUGUGCAAACUGCAAUCAAGAAUCUUGCAAGCAAGUUACCAAACAAUCUCAACAAACAAGAAACAGAUCCAAGUGAUAUCAUAUUAUCUGUUAUUGCUGACAAUUGUAACAAAAUCAAACUUGAGCUUCGGAAAGACAGACUCCCAAAUCAUGAAAUGUACUGUGUGUUUUGGAAUUUUAACACAUCUCAGUGGUCUGACGAAGGGUGUAAAUGGGGAGGUGUAGACAAUCCAAAUAUCUGUGAAUGUCAACACUUAUCUGCUUUUACAAUUCUGAUGGCUAAAGAGCCUAUUAAGUUAUUGUACAACGAAGAGCUAACGUACGCAGGACUGGGUCUCUCAAUCGGUUCUCUCACUCUGUGUUUAGUCAUUGAGUUUUUAGUGUGGAAUGCAGUGGUUAAGUCCAAUAUUGCCCACUUUAGGCACACUGUCUUGGUCAAUAUAAUGGUUUCUUUGUUAAUAGCAGACUGCAGUUUUCUGGCAAGCCCGACUCCAUCCUCAAACCCCUCAAACUGGUGUUUGUCUCUUACAGUUAUGAAGCAUUUUUGCUACUUGGCUGUUUUUUUCUGGAUGAUGUGUCUAGGUUUGGGUCUCCUGCACCAAGUAAUAUUUGUUUUUGUUCACUUGAGGAAAAAGGUGUACUUGGGAUUAUGCUUUUUCCUUGGCUAUGUCUGCCCUUUACUCAUUGUAGUAGUUACUUUCAUCUCUCAUAACAAUGGUGCUACUGGGAGCUACUAUUCUACAGAAACCUGUUGGUUGAUGUAUAAGGGUGUGUUGAAAGGGUCAAUCUAUGCUUUUCUUUUACCAGUGUUUGUAAUUGUGUUUGUGAACAUGUUCACCAUGGCUAUAGUCAUCAGCAGGAUCCUAAAACCCACUUUAUCAGAAGGAAGCAGUCAUGAUGAGAAGGAGGUUGCGAGAAGCAUUGUUAAAACAGUUGUCCUCCUCACGCCUACCCUUGGAAUAACCUGGAUUCUGGGACUUUUUAUGCAGAUGCUUGACCUCACAAAGCAACCUUAUGCCCAAAUUGUGAAUUAUGCUUUUACCUUUUUCAACUCCUUUCAGGGCUUCUUCAUACUUCUUACAGGAUGUUUUGGAGAGAAAAGGGUUCGAGAUGCUCUGCUUAAACGUUUAAGAUCACAGCAAUCUGUGAACUACAAAAGUGAGAGCUCAACAAGAAUGACAUCAAUUACUAAACAGAAGUAACUUCAUUGCUUUGCAAAGGUUUUCCUGGUCCAUAUGCGGUUUGUCUGUACUUGGUGACAAAUUUCAAGACUGUGCAGCUAUAAAACAGUGUGGCUUACUUUUGUCUU